GCCCCUUUAACUGGACAGUCCCCGCCGCGAUGAGUCCCAUGAUGGACAGAGAGGGCAGAGGAGGAACGUCAAUCCGCCGGGUCACGCCAGACCUGCAGCUCCCAGAUCCCAAAGAGCGGGCGGCGGGCAUGGCAGAGGGGACGGUGGCCGCGGGCUCCGGCUCUCAUCCGGACAUCUGCGGGAUGACCGAGGUGAUGAACUCUCUGGAGCCCGGGACGGAGGACUUCAGCGGGGGAGGAGCAGGAGGAGACCAGGGCCCAAUCUUCCCGGAUACCCAUGAAAGGUAUCCAAAGUUGUCUAAGAGGCUGCCCUCCAUCGUGGUGGAGCCGACGGACAGUGCCGAGGUGGAGAGCGGCGAGCUCCGCUGGCCGCCGGACGAGCCGAGCUCUCCGGACGCCCAGACUGAGAGACAGAGUGCAGAGGGACAAACUGCAGAUGAGGAGCAGGCGAGUGUCGGCGUGGAUGAAGAGGCUUCAGGGGCGGAGAUGCAGGACUCCAACUGAACCAGCUCUGCUCCCGCGAAACCCACUGUUACUGUGAGUGUGUCCAGACUUGGAUGAGCUUAGAAAGAGUUCGGUAGAAGAGCACACUGCGUGGAUAGAAAGACCGAGGAGGAAGGGUAGAAAAACAGAUUCCCAAACCCCAGCUCACGGGCUUGGAGCCGGAGUCGAGUUGGCGCCUUCAGAAUAAAUGUACAGAAGGUGUUUUUCUUUUCUCGUACGCAUCUGUGCUGACGAAGGAGCUUUUUCUGACACGUGUAUAGUAAUAAAGACGAUUGAAGGGACUAGGUUUACAUCCUGAACCUGUUUUCCCCAGUUUGUGCUUGAAUUUUAACUCAAAAAAUCCUUUCCGCAAGAAGUCGUCUGCCUGGCAAUGAGCGAAAGAUGCUAUGACGGUUAGCAGCAGACGCGUUUUUAACGUCAGCAUUUUCCCGUCGCACUCCAGCUUUGCGAUUUUGAUAUAAAUACACAUUUUUAAUUCGAUGAGUUCAACUGAUUUUCUCUCUCUGGCUCCAAGCCCUCGCCGUCCAGAUGCCACGAUAUCAUCUGCACGUCCAAUCUGGACAGAUGUUUCUAAAUGCUGUCUUAAGUCCUUAGCUCAUGUGUGCCAUACUACUACUACUAAUGGUAGCUACUGUAUUUUGUGCACAGUUUUUACAUUAACCUUAGAUGUAAAUUACAUCACUGUUUGUUGAGUGCUCACUGCUGUAGUUUGGUGAUCUUGGUCUCACUAUUCACUUUGUAAUAACGGCUACGAUGUUUUAAAGAGCAGUAUUUGAUUAGGAACAAAUUCAUGACUUUAUUCGAUGUUAUUAGCCUACAUUCUUUAAUAUAUUAUAGUACGUAAGCAUUGUCUACAAACGGUAGGUGUUAAAGGGAAUGUAAUUGUGUUCUGUUUUACUUAAGAUAUUGGAGCAAUAUGUUUGCAGGAAUUUAAAGGCAGUCCCUUUUGUUACAGACUACAGAAGUAAAAAGAACCAGAAUAUUUUAGAUGUGUGUCGCUUGUCACAGACAUGAUAUUUUUUAAAAUACUGGAAGCCUAAAUUAUUGCACAAGUAAUAAACCUUUUCAAACUUC